AUGUCGGUACAUUUAAACACCAUCGUCCGCAUCUGCCACGCUGAAAACAACCAAAAACCACAAAAGGGUGUCAAAGUGCACUUGGAGAACAUAUGGCAGCAACUCAGGACUAUCGCAGCACUCCAGAAACGCUUGCGGUAUGAGAACGGCCUUCCCCACAGUGUCGAUAGUAAGGGCACAUCUCCAAAUGGUGCGGAGGAUAGUCUGUCGGAGGAAAGCACAGGGUACAAGUCCUUGAAAGAGCUACAGCAGACCUUGAAUUGCGAUAUUCAUAGAUUCUGCUACUCCAAAACUAAACACCGGGUCGAGAAAUAUCUCAGCGGUAUCCCCGCUUUCUGCAAUUACUACAAGGACAACAGGCUAAUGCUGGAUGUUGGUGAUGUUUUGACGAUGGCUAUUUACUGUCUAGAUCAGAUUUAUCAGAUCGUGAUGGAGACCAAGGAACCCCUUGAUUCCGCGGGCAUCCCGUACCUGGACUGGGACGAUCUGGUGCGAUGGUUUAACCUGCUGAUUCUUGAGUACACAAACAACAUGACGAAACUAAUGGCCCGGGCCCGCUACAUCAUGGCUGAAUGGAGCAACAAUCGUACCCUGAACCAGUUUGACCUAGCGAGAGCGCUACAAAAACUGGUAACGCUAAGCUCCCACAUCCAGGACUUGACAAACCUCGCAUAUUCCCCGCGACUCCGAUCAAUACUCGAGAAGGAACUAGAGGUCGUCCUCGUAGACCCCAUCAUGGUCCCAGCUCCAGAGCCAUCCCUCGACGACAUGAAGCGCGCGGUCCAGCACGCUUUCGCCCUGACCGAGUACGCCAAGGACCUCCGCGCCCAUGGAGAGGCGGGAGAGGCUGCACUGCAGGCCGCCCUCGACAGGCAACUGGACCUCGUCGAAGGUGCGCUGGGCAGCCCGGCACCAUUCACCGGUGUGCACGCCGAGUGCACACUCCUGAUGCACCACCACCGGGAAUCCCAAGCGCAACCCCCUAACGCAGCAUUCAUGCCGCCAUUGCAGUAUAUUGCUGCCUUUAAACGCUCGUGUUUCUGUUGCUGGGGCACCUACAAGGCGUACGCGAAAGUGACCAGCCGCAUCUUCUUGCUGCGCGGAGAUGCGCACUCGAAGUUGUGUUCUCCCUGGUGGGCUGCAACUGAUCGUUUUGGAGAUGACGGGGUGGCGGUGGCGGUGAGGAGGGGCUUGUAUUCGGGGCUGGUACAGUUGUAUUCGGAGUAUCUGGAGCGGGGGGAUCCGUACAAUUGCUUGAUAGCGUCGAACGGGUCCGGGAGAGAUGGGAGGAUGGCGGCAAAUGAUACUGACCGGGGCAAUGCUGUAGGGGGGGUUGAUGAUGUGGCUGGUACGGCAGUAAACGCAGUGGGAAUGGGAAGGUUGAGGGGUGUAUCUUGUCUUGUGGCCUUUGCCGGCUGUAGGGUUGUGGAUAUCUUUGGCCUGAUGCAAGUAUUCGGAAUGUUCAGACAUUUAACUAGAGCAUUGAGGUUGCGCAUGGAUCCGGAGUUAUGA